CACACCGCCUGCGCGAAAAACACACGUGAGGACGGUUGUGCGGACGCAGGCACCGCGCAUUACAGCCCGGCGGCGUUCCCAGCAGCCCGCGCGGCGCCGAGGGGGCCUCGAAGCACGGCGGCGGCACCAUGCCGAAGUCCAAGCGGGACCGCAAGGUCUCCCUGACGCGGACGCCCAGGAAGGGGUUGGAGGCCAAGCAGGCGCUGAUCGCGGAGCUGCGGCGAUGCGUGGACACCUACAAGUACAUCUUCGUGUUCUCCGUGGCCAACAUGAGAAACAACAAGCUGAAGGACGUGCGGAAUGCUUGGAAGCACAGCAGGAUCUUCUUCGGGAAGAACAAAGUGAUGAUGGUGGCGCUGGGACGGGAGCCGAGCAGCGAGUACAAGGAGAACCUGCACAAGGUCAGCAAACACCUGAGGGGUGAAGUCGGUCUCCUCUUCACAAACCGCACCAAAGAUGAGGUGGACGAGUGGUUCUCUAAAUUCAAAGAGGUGGAUUUUGCCCGUGCGGGGAACAAGGCGACGUACACGGUGAGCCUGGACACGGGGCCCUUGGAGCAGUUCCCGCACUCCAUGGAGCCGCAGUUACGGCAGCUGGGAUUGCCGACGGCCUUAAAGAAAGGAGUGGUGACGUUACUGUCAGAUUAUGAAGUCUGCAAAGAAGGGGACGUUCUCACCCCCGAACAAGCCCGCGUCCUGAAACUCUUUGGCUACGAGAUGGCGGAGUUUAAAGUCACCAUCAAAUUUCUGUGGAAUUCUGAGACCGGAGACUUCCAGAAGCUCGUGGGAGACACAGCAGAGGAGGAGGAGGAGGAGGAAGAGGAGGAUGAAGAUGCUGAUGACAGCAACGAGGACUAGCAGCAGUCCUUGUGCUUGGACACUAGACAGUUCUCUCUUUUAGAGAGAAGAAGAGGAGGGUGUUUCCCUUCCCUGUUUGCACCCACAGGACAAGGACGAUCAGCUCAAAGAUGUUCUUCACAAAAGAUGACCUAAUGAUACUACUUUUUUAAUAUAAAUCUAUAUAUAAAACUUCA